AUGAAAACCAAAAUAUACGCCGAGAAUAUCAAAGAGGGUGUGAUGUUAUCUCCAUUCGAUACUGUUGGAGAAUAUUUUCAAGAAUCCACCAGAAACAUCCGAAUUAUCGUACAACCGCCUGUUACCACUGCAAAAAGAAAAGGGGAAAGUGACGAAGAAAGUGGGAACCGAAAGAAAGAGAAACGAACAUAUCCUGAUGAAUCAGAUGAGGGUCGGGACAGUCUUAUGGUUAUCUCAUCUGAAAGGGUAAAGUGGAUCACUAAGUUUGUAGAAAAUAACCAUAUUAGCCUUUUGCGCAGUCCUCCAUCAUCAGGCAAGAGUACUCUUGGACAGGUGCUCCGUGACUAUUUUGAAAGUCUCAAUUAUGAUAGCAUAUACAUUAGUCUUGCUGGUAUACAUGGUGGAACAGAAAUCUACGAUAAGAACCUCUUUGAAAAUUUCUGGAAGGACAAAGUUGGUAGAACCUGGACAGAAAUCAGUAAAUGCAAAAAGUCUACUUAUGUGUUCAUCGACGAGAUACAGGUUAUCUAUGGUAAUGGCGCUCCAUUCUUUUGGGGUACAGUGAAAGACCUUUUAUCAAGCGAAUCAAAUCUUCAAAAUAUUCGGAUAAUUUUGCUCGGCACAUACCAUCCAACACUUGAUCCUCAAGUGACACCCGUGGAAAUUCGCCAUACACUUGGUUUGAAUGCCCUACUUCUAACAUGGGAAGAAGUCCAUCAGCUUAUAAUGAUCUAUAUUCAGAGACAUGCUAUUUUGGGUAGCCCGAGUUUUAUCAUCCCUGAACCUGUUCGGAAGGCAAUCUUUAAUCUCACUGGUGGACAUCCUGGUUUGUGUCGAUUCAUUUUAACCGCGUUACGCAAUCAAUUUCGUGAAAAUGGAAAAACAGUGGAAAUGUUACGGUAUCUUGCUUCAUCACAUCUACGAAAUGGUUUAAUAGCAACUGCACGUGCUUUUUACUGGAUCCGUGAUUGGAAUAUAACUGAUGAAGAAUCAGAAUUUAUUCGCGAAAAGCUACUCAAUCAAAUCGGCAUUCCCUUUACUGCUGAUGCCUUAAAUCCUGUUGUUAAGAAAUUUAUUAAGAUGGGUCUCUUCUCCACGAUUGAUUCUAAUGAACAAAUCCAAUUUUCCGCUCCUAUAAUGCGAGUUAUUCUGAGCCACCACCUAUUCACCGCCCCUGUAAAUUUUAAGUCAUUACCUGCAGAAACCUUUGACGAGUUUUUGGUGCGAACAAUUGAGCGCAUGAGCCCAUCUAAGUUGUAUGAAUCGUUUGGAAAAGGAUAUGGUGCUAAUUCGCAUUUAUAUGAGAGAAGUUGGCAAAUGGAAUGGUAUCGUACUGCUACAACUGUAGUCCCAAAAGGUACUUCAAUAAGUGCUGAUGUUGGUGCCGUGUUUGGCUCUGCUGGAUUUCUGGAUUUCUAUGUUAAUGGAGAACUUUGCUGGGGAAUUGAGCUGACGCGCGAGGGUGAUCGUUUGAAGGAACACGCAGAAAGAUUUGAACAAGAUGGCGAGUACGCUAACGUUCCAUUAAAAAAUUGGGCCAUCAUUGACUUUCGACAUCAUACAAAACAAGUAAGAGAAUUAAAACAAAACUUCUGGUAUGUGCUCUAUGAGGAUAACUAUAAACGUGUUACUAUCAAACGUCGUGAUCAGGAUGACAAAAUCCUCGACUUAUAUGGUGAUGAAGCGUAA